UCCACAGCGAGGUCUGGUGGAAGGGAGUGGUGAUCAAAUGAAGACUUACUGUAUUCAGUUUGUUUUCCGACGAGCAGGGAGGAGUUUCAGUUCAAGCCAUCGGAAAUCAGGGGGCAAAUGAAGUGGGCGAAGGGGGAGUGUAUUAACGUUGAAGAUGGUGAUCAGGUAUAAUGCUCCCCAGGUUAACAUUUUGUACUAUACACAAGGAGUGUUCAGUUAUGAUUUCCAUCAAAUCAGAUCACUAUCACCAUUCCAUGAGCCAAGAAUCUACUGUAUGCAUCUUAAGAUGGCGACUUUUGUCACCUUAGUGACUGAAAUUUGCAGCGUGCGCAUAGUUGAUUCCAAAAAUGUUUUUGAUCUGAAAUUGAAAGCCCUUGGUCUCUUUGAAUCGAAUGGAUUCAAUAUUGAAUCAGUGUGUUCUCGCCUAUUAAAGUUGAUAGAGGUACAUAAUGUGCAAAGUCAGUUAGAGGGUGAGAAGCGUUCCCUGAAAGCAAAAGUGCUUCAAGUUGAAGAGGAGAUGGAAAAGAAAUAUGAGCUACUUCUUGCAGUUGAUGAAGAUCUAUUGAUACGGGAACGAGAGCUCAGGCGCAUUCAGGACAAAAGAGAAUUUAUGAUUCUUGAGAUAGAAAGAAUGAAUAUGAAAAUGGUGAUUUGGAAAAGGGUGUCAAAGCAGCUGAAGAAGACACUAACUUUGCUGAACAGCAGUUCAAUGCUAUAUUAACUGUUCAAUGGAGAUAAGGGAACUAGUUUAACACACUUGACAUAUUCUUUUUUGGGUAAACAUAGUAUCCU